AUGAGCUCCUACUUUGUCAACCCGCUGUACUCCAAGUACAAGGUGGCGGCGGCCGCGGCGGCCGCGGCGGCGGGGGAGGCCAUCAAUUCCCCGUACUACGACUGUCACUUCGCGCCCGAGGUGAGCGGCCGACACGCCGCUGCCGCCGCCGCCGCCGCCGCCGCAGCUCUGCUCUACGGGAACGGCGCGGCCGCCGCCGGCUUCCCGCACCCCGCGCCCGGCGGGGCGGGGGGCGGCGGCGGCGCGGCAGCGGACUUUUACCACCCGGCCGGGGGGAGCCCCACGGCCGCCUACCAGCCGCCUCCUCCUCCCCCCGCCGCGCCUCCGCCUCCUGCCCCCUGCAGCGGGGUUACCUGUCACGGGGAGCCCGCUAAAUUUUACGGAUACGAUAACUUACAGAGACAGCAGAUUUUUACGACACAGCAAGAGGCCGAGCUGGUACAAUAUCCUGACUGUAAAUCGUCCAGUGCUAAUAUUGGCGAGGAACCAGACCACUUAAAUCAGAGCUCGUCUCCUGCUCAAAUGUUUCCCUGGAUGAGACCACAAGCAGCGCCGGGUAGGAGGAGAGGAAGACAAACAUACAGCCGAUUCCAGACUCUAGAGCUGGAAAAGGAGUUCCUAUUUAACCCCUAUCUGACCAGGAAGAGAAGGAUCGAGGUGUCCCACGCACUAGGACUCACCGAGAGGCAGGUAAAGAUCUGGUUUCAGAACAGGAGGAUGAAAUGGAAAAAAGAGAACAACAAGGACAAAUUCCCCGCUUCCAGACAGGAGGGAAAGGAAGGGGAGGCCAAAAAGGAAGCACAUGAUCUGGAAGAAGACAGAGCUGAAGGCCAGACGAAUUAAUUUUUGCCCCAAAUAUCUUUUUGAAAGUCAAUCAAAAAUAACCAUGGCUAAAGCCUGACAUAGCGGCUCAUCCACCCCUCUACGUGAUCUUGUCAUGGGACGAGUGAACCCAUGUCCCUCUGUUUGACAUUUCCCUGCUUCGGGUGCUUAACUCGUUUGUGCUUUUAUUUUGUUUAUAAGCGUAUCCAGAGCGAUCUCUAGAUUUAACAUUUCAUCUACUUAUUUUUUCAAAUUUGAUACAGAGUUUGUAGCAAUAAAUUUCUAAUGAUAUAUAAAUAUAUAUAUAUAUUUGCAAUCUUAAAAGACGGUGAUUGUGGGAAACGACAUCAACUUUCUAAUAAUAAAUAUCAAUAAGUAAGACAUUUAACAAUGCUUUAUUA